AUGGCCACGCCCAAGACCAAUAACGCCCUUGUUGCCAAGAAGACCCAUGGCUUGAAAGACUACAAGAAGAUGCAGAAGAACAAGAAGCAUGGAAAACGCACUGCUGCUGCUGAAAAGGCCAAGACCAGGAGCAUUUCUCCCAACGCCGUUGGCUUUGUUGUUCCAGUGGAGGUCGCAUCCGUUCAAGACAUGUCGGCCAACGAGGUCGAGAACGGCACUAAAAAGAAAGACACAAUCUGCAAAGUCUCAGAGGAGCAGUAUCAUGAUGUCGGAUGCAGUGCUUAUAACAUUGUUGCCACCGCCGAUUCCGAAGACAAGAUCCCAACUGUGACUAUGAUCGCGCCCACCAAAGUCGAGACCAACGAGUCCCUCACCAAGUCGAACAACAUCCAGAUGGAGAACUGCUCUCUCAAUUCUGUCUCGGCAGACAAAUUCGACAUCGUCGCACAUCGCAAGGCUCUGGAAGCUGCACUCUACGAGAACAUGGAGACUCCGCUCGAGAUGCUGAUUCGUUGCAACUUCAUUAUUCCUACGGAUACCGAGUACCAUGCCAUGAUCGAAGACGAUUCCGUCGAGGAUACAGAGUCUGUCGAAUCGCUACCUCGAGCCGUGUGUCUUGAUGAUAAUGGCUUCGAGAUUAUCUCUCCUGCCAUGCACCCGGAUACUCGUGACGGGCCUGCUUCUGAGGGAACGUGGUUGCCACUGUCCAUUGAUGAGCUAUUUGCUAGGGCCUCGGAGUCUAAACUUGAUGAAAAUAGUCCUGCUGGGUUUUCCAAGAAUCAUGAGCAAGAUGAUCUCGAGGCUGAGAAGAUUGUUGUAUUUCUGCCCUCUGCUCUUCAGGCACGUCACCGCGCCCCGAUUUCUAUCCAGCAAAUCUUGAGCGGAACUUGCUCUCGUGAAGAUAUGGCCACCAAGCUGUCGAUUGGCUCUCAACCAAUGGAGUCUAUCGAGGAUGGCAUGCGUGCAGCCGUGCAGUCUACCCCUGUACAGCCAACAUCUUCUCAUGCGCCGCACCUGAACGACCCGGCCAUUAUCAGCCACAAAAUCAAGCUGCAGGCUCCUGGUAAAAGCGACACUCUCACCACGGACAAAGAUGCUGGAGACAUGAACGAUUUCAACCUCCCAUGGCCCACUCCUGUAUUCAUGCGUCGUCGAGGCUCAUCUUCCACAAGCACCCGCUACUCCCGUACCUCGUCACCGCUCAACCCCAAUGCACGCCCAUACACACCUCCAACCCCCUACUUCACCUCUUCACAUCUAGAAUACCAGAUUGGCUAUUGGUGUCCCGAGUCUAGCUACAACGCCUACUGGAGCUAUUCGAUGGAUGUUUUCCCGGGGAGCUCUUCCUGCUAUAAUCCACAUGGGUUAAGCGUAGCAGACAGCAACAUGACUCCAGCUAUGGGCUUAAGGAUGUGA